GAAUCACAAAAUUAGAAACCACAACAAGUCGCCGUAGGUCGUCUUUAAAAUUCUUUCCAAAUAGGAUUUAUUUCAAUCAGCGAAGCAGCGUAAGCGUUAAAACCCCUCAAGGCAAUGUCAGACGAUCAGCUGAUUAUGUUUGAUGUGAAAGGUGCCAUUCGCAUGUUCGACCCUGAAAAGUUCGAAGAGCUAGUGAAAUGCAUAGAUACCGAAAAAGAAUAUGUUGAUAAGAUGGGCUCGUUUUGUAAAAUGGUGAAUCAAACAAUGGGAAUUGUCAAAAAACUGGCGGAUGCGAUUCAAUCCGAAAAGCUCAAGGCCAUCGGAUUCCGCAAUAUCGUAGAAAGCGAGGCCGAGGAACGGUUUCGCGCCGUUCAGGAAUCCGAGCAGCGACUGGGGGAGAAGCAAAUGGAGCUCGACCGCUACGUGGCGGAGUAUGAAUCCCUACGAAAAGUCGAGGCUGAACAACGGAUAACAAUUCAACGUCUGAGCGAGAAUUUUGAUUAA